CAUCGCGGCGAUUGGGGACACAGCAGAUCACCGAUCAUGGAAAGAGCCAAAGAUGUUGGCUCGGUCAUGUGAUCAACUGUGUUCAAUCACAGCUGAUCACAUGGGACAUGUACACUGAUCAUCAGAGCACUGAUGCAGCGCCACCUGUCAGUGUCCAUCAGUGCCUUGUAUCAGUGCUCAUCAGUGCCUCGUGGCAGUGCCCAUCAGUGCCACAUCAAUGCCACAUAUCAGUGCCUACCCAUGCACAUCAAUGCCACAUAUCAGUGCAAAUCUGAGCUGCCUUUCAGUGUCACCCACAAUGCAGUCAGUGCCACCUAUCAGUGCUGCCAAUCAGUGCCACCUAUCAGUGCAAGUCAGUGCCAGUCAGUGCCUAUCAGU